CUGUUUAUUUUAGGAAACAUAGCUGUAUCAUUUGCACACGCCCUUAUAGGCAGACACAAGCUCUCCACUCGUGUUCUUCAAAAGAAUGGAAGGCAAGAUGAAGAGCUCUUUGUUGCUGUGCGCAGCCUUGGCCGUCUCCUUGGCGUUCGCCCUUGUGGCAGGUUAUCCAGAGGACUCUGAGGACGAGUACGUGCUGGUCAAUAACAAAUGUCAGUGUGUAACAGUGACCUCAAGGUUUGUCCCCUCCAAAGAAAAUCCUGAUGAAGAAGUCCUGGAGAGAAACAUACGGAUCCUUGUCCCCCUGAAGGCUCGAGAGAACAUCUCUGACCCCUUGUCCCCUCUCAGAACCACUUUUGUCUACCGCAUGACUGAACUCUGCAAGAAAUGUGAUCCUGUAGAAAUUGAGCUGGGUGGUGAGAUAUACCAGGCCCAGCAGAGCACCUCCUGCAAUGAACACGAAACCUGCUAUACCUACAACAGGGACAAGUGCUACACCACAACCUUCCCAUUCUACUACCACGGGGAGCUGAAACAGGUUCCAGCAGCUCUGACGCCGACAUCCUGCUACGCCGAUUAACUCAAUCCACUGGGGUACUAAUGCCUUCUUGCACUCAGUGUUUCUAUCAAAAAUACAUGUAUAGCACCAUAGUACUGGACAACAGUGUCCAAAAUAUCAGUUCCCAGAGUAAUGCCAACUUGUCUCUUCAUAUUUUUAAUAUCAGAAUAAUGCCAUCUCCCCAGAGCAGCUACUGCUUGUCAUACAGUCUCUUCUCAUAUCUGAGAAGACAUAUCUGCAAUGCCAUUAUUAUACAGCUCAGACAUUAUCACCAUAUAGACCAGGUCCUCAGCAGAUGUAAAUCACUGAUUCCCUUGAAGUCAACGGGACUACGCUGAUUUAACAACACUGGGGAAUCUGUCUUUUUGACAGUCUUCCAUCAGUCUUCAUAUGAGCAAGGCUGUCACAGACAUGAGCAGGAAUGUCUGUGCACUUCCCUCCCUGAGCAAUCUGAAGCAAACAUCCACACAACUGUUAUACAAGACCCUUUGAUUAUACGAGCAGAAUUUGUGCCAUUAUUAGAAGGCUGUUGUACAAUCAUAUCUGAGAGAAAAGAUGAGGGAUGAGACUGAGAAUUCAGAUUUCAAAGUUACAUUACAAUUAGGCAUUCUAGACCCUUCUAGCACUUUGACAACUGCAAGCUUCUAGUUUUCAUGUACAUUCAGAGAAGAUCAAAAUGCUGCUACCCUGAAGUGUUUUGCAAAGUUGCCAGGUCCUCCGCUGUGCCAGGAGUAGUAAACUCUUCCAGGACAUGUUAAGUAUUUCACUUUCCAUGCUUGUUUAUUGAUAUUGCUGCCUUCUCCCACUCCUGCUCCCAGUUUAAUUGAUGAAAAAAAUCUUGUUGGCUCAAAUUUCUUUUCUCGUUCCUCAUUUUGCAUUUCAAGCUUCAAGAAAUUCUAUGAAGGUGACUCAAUUGCUAGAGCAGGACCCUAGUUAGGGAUUCAUUCCUUCUUUCACACCAUCAGUCUUUUUAUUCAUCCAGCAAACCCUCACCAAAUAAAGGAAAUUAUUCUGUAUUGCACCUUACAUUUGAAUGCAUUACACUCAGUAUUGCCCAUAGAGACAUCAUGUAUAUGAGUGCAUAAGGUGCCCAGCAUUACAUUUGAGAUGGCUGGUAUUUCUCACUGUUGUCAGAAGUUGAUUGUAAAGCCUUAGGUUGUUCUGAAAAGUCCUUAUCUGGCUUCACACAUAAUUGGAAUCAUAAAACAGCAAAAACCUUAUUCCCGUAAUUGUAGCUUUGUUAGUGAAACAUUAAAUAAACUUUUUUCUGCA